GCCGAAACGACCUCAGUGUAUGAUUGAAUCUGUUAAAGCGCGGACGCAGUAUUUCUUUUCUUUCGUGUGUUCGUCUUCUUCUCCUUCUGCUGGAAACAGAAAAAUCACAAAAAAGGAAAAAAACUAAAAUAAAAACAAAAGGGAAAAAGGAAUAAAGGAUUCUUUUUCAAACAAUAAAUUCUAAAUAAAUUACCCAAUAAUUUUAAUACGAAAAGAAAAGAACAAAAACAAUUUUUGGAAAAAGAAAAUUCCAUUCUCCAAUCCAAAUCAAUAAAUAAAUAACUCAACUAGCCAACCAUUGAAUUGUGUGUGUGUCUGUCGGAACGUUUAUUUGCUCUAUGUCAUUUCCUUUUUUCAAUUAACGAGGGGUGGCGGUGCAGUGAAAAUUUAUUUGGUGUGCGCGUUCUCCGGUUGUUUCAUUCAUUUAUUUAGAAGAUACGUCAAAGAGGACGGGACAAACGAAGGCGAGUGCGUGAAAACCGUUUAAUUUGUUUGGUUUAUUAAUUACCCGGUCGGCGUUUAUUUUUCGUCCAAGACAGAACGUGCAUUUCUUUGCAUUUUUUGCUGUUCGGUCGCAUCAAUUACAGCUUGUUGUUUAUUCUGAAAGAGAGUGCGUUGUAUUUGUGAUACUCUCCUCGUCGCUGUACGUUUUCCUUUACUACGUUGUAUCUGUGUAUCUGAAUAUUCCUCACCAACUGAAGACGAAAGUGUGGGGGCGUAAGACGUAGACAAAACAGAACGCACACACAAUAAUUGCACACAAGCAACAAUAACAAAACCAAUAAGAAAACAUUUUUACUGGGAAACCACAUAGCCUGAAUGCUCCAGAACAAGGCAGAGAAACAGAGAAGCCACAUUUUCCUCCAUUGACCCCAUAUAUCAUCAUCGCCAUCAUCAGCAGCAUCAUCGUCGCGUCGCCAGCAACAUCCAAAUUUUGAUUCAAUACUGAAUAGAAACUGAUAAUUACUCUUUGAAUCUCAUUACAAUUUCUUUAUAUAAAAUCAUCAGCACAAUACACCGAAAAUGCGGCAACAACGAAAGCACACUUCCCUGCUGCAACUGCUAAUGGGGUUAUAUUUUGUGAUAUGUUCCAUGCGACACUGUAACGGCGAGGUCUACACGGCCCUGGCUGAUAUGGAGGAGCUACUAGAGACUGAAACUGUAUUAAUAAGUAAUUUAGAAGGUUUUAUUAAGGUCGAACAAGAGAAGCUGGAUUAUUUGAAAACAAAAAUGCAAGAAUACCAAAGAGAACAUGCUGAGGCUGCCAUUGAUGUUACGACUUACGUAUCGAAUCCUAUCAAUGCCUAUUUAUUGACAAAACGUUUAACCACCGAUUGGAAACAAGUGGAGAAUCUGAUGGCCCAUGAUGUGGGAGGCGAAUUUUUGCGUAAUAUAUCCAAUUAUCGCAGCAUUUUGAAAUUCCCAUCCGAAGAAGAUUUGAAUGGAGCGGCUGUGGCCUUGAUGCGUCUGCAGGAUACCUACAAUUUGGAUACAUCCAGCUUGGCCAGAGGCGAAUUGAAUGGAGUGCAAUAUAGUACUGAAAUGUCUUCGGAUGACUGCUUCGAAUUGGGUCGUCAGUCUUAUGUAAAUCAUGAUUAUUAUCACACCGUCUUGUGGAUGAAUGAAGCCAUGACCCGUAUGUCCUAUGAGCCACGUAAUCGUUCAUUGCCUUUCUCCAAAGCUGAUAUCUUGGAAUACUUGGCCUUCUCAACCUAUAAACAAGGCGAUGUCGAAAGUGCUCUAUCUAUGACAAAUGAAUUGUUGCAACUGCUACCCACGCAUGAACGUGCCAAUGGCAAUAAAGUCUAUUACGAAAAGGAGCUGAAGGAGCUAUCUGCCAAGAAAAAGGUUAAAGGUGAUGAUGGUAGUGAUGAGACACCCAAAUCGGAUUUGCCCAUUGCCAAGGCGGAACCAUCCGUGUACGAUUACACAGAACGUAAAGCUUAUGAGUUGUUGUGCCAGGGCAAGUUGAAGCCCACACCUGAACAGCUGAGGCCGCUGCGUUGCCGUUAUGUUGACAAUAAUGUACCUUUUCUGAAAAUCGGUCCCAUGAAAAUGGAAGAAGCCUCAAAGGAUCCCUACAUUGUAAUCUAUCACGAUGCCAUGUUCGAUUCGGAAAUUGAGAUCAUAAAGAAAAUGGCUAGACCACGUUUCCGCAGGGCCACUGUUCAAAAUGCCAUCACCGGUGAAUUGGAAACGGCCAACUAUCGUAUUAGUAAGUCGGCUUGGUUGCGUACCGAAGAACAUCCCAUUAUUGCGAAUAUUGUCCAAAGAACUGAAGAUAUGACCGGUUUGGAUAUGUUGUCGGCCGAGGAGUUGCAAGUUGUCAACUAUGGCAUUGGCGGUCAUUAUGAACCACAUUUCGAUUUUGCAAGACGUGAAGAAGUUCGUGCCUUCCAGGGUCUGAAUACUGGUAAUCGCAUUGCCACAGUACUAUUCUAUAUGAGUGAUGUGGAACAAGGCGGUGCCACAGUAUUCACAGCCAUUAAUACAGCCUUGAAGCCCAAGAAGGGUACAGCGGCUUUCUGGUAUAAUUUACAUCGUUCAGGUGAUGGUGAUUAUCGUACAAGACAUGCUGCGUGUCCUGUUCUAACUGGCUCAAAAUGGGUUUCCAACAAAUGGAUUCACGAAGCCCGGCAAGAAUUCAGACGCCCCUGUGAUUUGGAACCUGAUCAUGGCGAAUAUGCCAUUUAGUGCAAUUCCUUAAAUUGUUUACUUUUAAAUAUACUUUAAUACUGAAACGAAUUUCCAUUGCUAUAGAUUUAUAUAUGUAUGUCUAUUUUAUGUAUACUCGCCGCCUGUCUUUUAUAAAGCAUUUAUUAAAACUGCGAUUUUUUAAAAACAUACAUUAUUUUCUACUCUAUCACAAUCCUGUGCUUAAGGACAAUUUAAGAAAACUAUCCAUGUUUAUGUUUUCCUAUAUUUUUUAAUGCUGCUUGUGCAAUAAGAAUGAAUUGAAAACUAUGAAUCUCGUUGUUGAACAAAUUGUUCCAUGAAUAUUUUGUACUUUAUUCUACUCUUCGUCUCUCUUUUUCUCGAAAACUUGUAAAAGUUAGUGUUUGUAUUUCUCUGCUAGCAGUGAAUUAUGCAAAACCAACAAUUUCCUUGACAAAACAAAAUUUUUUAAAAAAAUGUCAAAAAAUACCAAAUGCAAGUGAAUGAAUUACAAUAAAUAAAUUAACAAAGUUAUAUUGAUAAUAUUUACCACCCUCCAAAAUAUUGCAGUACAGACAUAUUUACUUAAUGAUGAUGAUGAUAUACGAACAUGUUUGUCUUUAAUAUUUUCUGUCGUUAGAAAUAAAUAAACAAAUAUAUAAAAAUGUAUUGUAAAUUUACAUGUUUUAAGAUAGAUGAUAAUAAAAUUUUGAAAAAUGA